CUCCAUACAGAAAAGUCUACACGCAAUGAGAUACACUCACGCACUUGUGUUGGUGGCUGCCAUAGUGGCAUGCGUCCAGGGAAGUCGCAUUAGCUAUGGUGGCUAUGGAGGAGGCUAUGGUGGUUAUGGAGGAGGUUAUGGCGGCUACGGAGGAGGUUAUGGUGGCUAUGGACGGAGCUAUGGUGUCAGCUAUGGAGGCGGUUAUGGUGGCUAUGGAAGAGGGUAUGGUGGAGGUUACAGAGGAAGUUAUGGCGGCUACGGUGGUGGCUAUGGCUACGGCAAGUGAGGACUGCAACGAGUAGUUGAUAUACUAAGAAGCUUCACAUGUAUUCUCCUGAUUUAGUUAUACGUAGAUAUAUCAGUGUACACUGUAUAAUAUACAUUAGAAGCUGGAUAUAUACUGUCUUUCACUUGA